GCGGGGGGUUCCGGGGGGCGUCGGCUCCGCUCCUGCCCUUGAGCCGGUCGCGGCUCGGAGGCGGCCGGACCGCGGGCACCGACCAGGGCCGCCCCCCCCCUCGGCAGCGCUGGGGUCUCCGUCCCGGCCCCUCCCGGGGGCACGGGCCGCGGUCCCCUCUUCCCCCACCCCGCGCUGCCCGUUCCCCCCGGGGCGGUUGCGCCAGGGCCGGGCGAGGAGCGGGUGACCCUUCCCCGCGGUGACCCUUGCUCCUCCGCCGCACCCAGGCGUCCCGGCAGCGGGGAGCCUUUGCCCCGGAGGGCGACCAUGGCCGAGUUCACACGGCAGCGGGGCAAGCGGCAGGAGGACGGCGGGCUGGGCAGCGUCCUCGACGUGCUGUUGGCCAACGCCAGGCUGGUGCUGGGCGUCAGCGGCGCGGCCGUGCUCGCCAUCGCCACGCUGGCCGUCAAGCGGCUGAUAGACCGAGCCACCAGCCCUCGCGAUGAAGGCGAUCCCAAAGCUGAGCAGAAGACCCUGGAGGAGAGCUGGCAGGACUUGGCCUUGAUCAAGGCAACGCCAAAACCCCCCAAGAAGCAGAGAAGGGAAGACCUCAGCGAGCCUCUGCUCUCCCCGGCUCAGCCGCCGGCACCAGAGCCCAGGGUUUGCUCUGUCCCUCCGGAGACUCCUCGGGUUGAAUCCAGCCCUCCGCGCUGCCUCACGCUGCAGGAGAAGCUCCUCUCACACUACAGCAGCCAGCUGGCCGUGCCCCAGGUGCAGGUGUCCCUCACCUUGCAGCUGGCCAGGAGCAUCUGCGCCCAACUACAGAACUUCCUGCGGAGCAAGUGCCCGGAGCUGCCCUUUGGCAGCCUCUUCCUCAGCGGUCCCCUGCUCGAUGGCCUUGCAGCUCUGGCAACCAACAACAUCCACCUCAUGCUGCCGGUGGUCCUUGACACCAUGCUCUGGAGCCUCAUCCCUGGAGAGAACACUGUGGUGAGGAACCCCCGGUACUGGAUGAUCAAGAGGACCGAUCUGGAGUAUUUCCCUCGUGGGUGCAGCCCCUGGGACAAGUUCAUUGUGGGCCGGUACCUCUCCUCCAAUGUGCUCAAUGAGACCCUCCACAAGAUGCUGGUGGCCUCCAUCAACUGGCCUGCCAUAGGCAGCCUGCUGGGGAGCGUCAUCCACCCGGUCGUGGCCUCCCAGGAGCUGAAGCUGGAAGUCAAACAUGAUCAGGUUGAGCUGAGCAUCACUCUCUUCCCGGUGGUGGAAAUGGAGGACAAGGUUCUUCUGGCUGCUCCUCCUGAAGGACUGGUGGAAAACCUCUGGCUUGAGAGCUUUUACAGGGCAGAGGUCUCAAAGGUGAAGGAGCUGGAUGCCGGUGACUCCGGGGCUCGGCAGCAGUGCCUCUGCAUCCUGAACGGUGUCUGCAAGAGCCAUCCUGCCCUGCACAAACUGAGUGGCAGCCCCUUGACCCAUGUUGUCCUUCACCUCAGUGCCACCAGUUCAGACUGGACAGAAGAAAGCCUUGCUGACAGGUUCCAGCAAGUGCUUGAGGAGCUGGUAGGCUACCUGGAGAAAGGGGUCCUGCCUUCCUAUUUCAACCACAAAAUCAACCUCUUCUGCGAGCUGUUGGAAGAGGAAAUCGAUGACAUGGGCUUCAUGCUCUACAGGGCCAUAUCUGAGCCAGACCUCCUGCUGAAAGAAAAGUGACCAGUGCGUCGGGAGCUCCUGAACGUAGGGUGUUUCUUGCCCGUCUGCUGCUCCCUGCUGUGAGGGUUGUGAUGCUUCUAGUCGACUAGUCAGUAAGGGCAAAGUUCUUGCACUUUACAAGAAAAAAAAAAACCCAAAACAUUUCCUGUGUGAAUAAAACGUGCCUGUGCAGAGGCGUGUGUUGGCGUAAGGAGCCUUUCCCUGGGAGGCUCCGCCGAACCCAGGGCAAGUGCAGCCCACACCUUGAGUACAUACAGGUGAGUCCUGUCUGCUGGGCGCUGGGAGCCAACGUGAAGCACGUUUGGUCUCUUGUUCCCAGGGUUCUCUGCCUAUCCCAGCCUACUGUCCCAGCUCUUGGGCUCCCCUUGUGCUCUGAGACCAGCUGGAGGGGAGCAGUUCCUUGCUGCCGCAGCGUCCUGCAGACACCACGGGGUGCAGCAUCCCCUUGGGCUCUUGGUCUUACUGCGCCAUGCCCUCUGCCAGCUUUUGGGACAGGGUGGGAGCCUCAUCCAUCUGCAGGAUAUUGCCUGAGUGAUGAUCUGGGUGGCUGUCUGGGCACUUCAAGGUACAGCCAUAGCAAAUGGGGCUGUGGGUUUAUUUUUGGAAACCCUUUCAGCUGCUAAAAGGGGCGAGCUCAGCUCUGCCUGUUUGUUCUGCCAGUAUUGGUGCUGCCUGGAGGAAGGGAUGUGCUUCCAGCACAGCGCCGGGGCUUUGUGGCCUGUGUCCCACAGCGGUGUUUUGCUGCAACGUGUCCCAAAAAAGGUGGUGGCAGGAAGAGAGCUGCUCGCUCCCAGGAUGCUCCUGGUAUCGGUCCCUUGGUGGAGGCUGCAGCAGGGCUGUGCGUCCCCUCUCCAGCGGGUCGGUUGUUGCCAGUGACUGUCUGUGGGUACUUGCUGCUCUGCCGCGAACCGCAGCGUCCCCUCCCAGUCUGUCCAAUGACUUUUUCACACGUGUAUUGCUGCUGUCCUGAGGUCCUGUUCUCCCAGAGCCCCGUGGUACGGGGCAGGAAAGUAGGACAUGAAUGAUGCUCUGAGCAGAGUGCUUGCAAGAAUUUAAGUGGUUUAUGCUUUUUAUGAAGAAGGUAUGUUUUGAUUGGUAUUUUGUUUGGUUUUUUUCCUUUGGGUGGCUGCUAGUAGGCUUUGGUUUUGGCCAUAGUCCCAGGGCGAAGGAAUAUAUUCUUGUAUUUAACGGGAAGAGCUGGUUUUGCACACUGGUGGAGAAAUCCUGUGGACUUCAAUAUGAGCACCUGUUGUGGUUUAGUUUUCUUUACAGCUAUCAUCUUGUUUAUGGGAGGAAAAAAGCCUGUGCUUUUCCUCCCAGUCUGAAGAUUACUUAGUUUGUUCCUCCAAACCGCUUCCCAGGUGUUUAGCGAUGAGAAUAAACCUUCCCUGUAUAUACUGGU